CGGGAAUUAGUUAUCUUUGGUUCGUUCAACAUCCCUAUGCGAAAAAAUGAUGAAUGGGGAAAGAAUAUGGUUUUGGAAUAAACGCCGAAAAUAAGGUUUGAGAUAAUAAUAGAAGUCGGUUAACAUGACCAUUAUGAAGCCGUUGUGCUUUUUUUUAUUUUAUUGCAUAACUAAGUGACGUUUGCUAAUGGAGAUUGUCGCAGAACAGAACGUAUAAAAAUAUCCUAAACCUGUGUUUACCACAUUAUUUUCGGCGUUUAUCCCAAAAAGCCCUUAUAUUCCCCAAUAGGCUUUGUCCAAGCGAACCAUGGAGUUAGUGCCUACAAAAAUACGCCAUUACUAUUGCCCUACGGUAAACUGGUCGGUGUGUUCCAAAACCGUCGAUUGCGUCAUUCUUCAGGRAAGUCUAUGACUUUACGGCAGUGUUGACAUCGUCCUUCGACUGUAGUUCAGCAUGAAGUAGCUAAAUUUACAUCAAACGUUUGAUUCAAAUKAGCUUAUUUGAUCUAUUUCGUGGAUUUUUUUGGGUACCUGGAGGAGGCCAUGAUCGUGGUGAGGGCCGAAGGGACCCCUUCUUCGAUGGCAUGACCCAUGACGAUGAUGAUGACGAAGAGGAGGAUGGACUCUACUUUGAUGGUUCMCAGGGUGGUGGUGGCCAGCAGGACCUGUUUGAUAAUCAGUGGAGGUUUGGGUUCAGCAUGGGCCCAAACGGAGUGAGGAUCCAGGAGCCUGAGAUGUUUGGCCAGUUCUUCAGAGAGAUGGAAAUCUUAUCACAGCUAGGGCGAUACGAUGGUCAGUUUGGUGUUCCCAGUAUUGAGGCGCCCCUUUCCCAGGACAGGUCAGAGAAAGGUGGGGGAGGAUCCAGUAGUGGAAACUCCUUGAGGGACUUCAUGUUGAAAGGCCCCAAUGACUGCCCAUGCGGGUCGACUGGGCUACCAUCAGGACCAUCAGGAGAGCCCAGGGUCGAUAAGAACCCUCCAUCUGGUGGCCCAUGUUUCCCCAACACACCCUUUUCUAAGUUCAAUGAUAUUUGGAGAGGAAGGCUACAAAGGGGUCAAAAGCAGGAGCCAAAAGCAGACAGAGAUCUGGACUCGCAAGUGUCCCUUGGAGGGCUCGAUCAGAUUCUAGCGCCACCUGCUGGGUCUUCCACUCAGCCAAAGAUGCGCUCUUACUUCCAKUCGGUCACUGUCACCAAAGUGGUGAAGCCUGAUGGGAGUGUUGAGGAGAGGCGCACAGUCCAAGAUGGCCAGGGGAACGAGGAAACCACAGUGACUUAUAUAGGGGGGCGCGAGGGGGUACAGGAUCAAGCCGGACCGCUCUUACCACCAGGUGGCACACACCCCUUUUCGGAAAUGCACGAUGAUCUUUCCUUGUUUUCAAAAUUCUUUGGAGGCAGGAGGUGAACCUAUCGAUUGGAAGCUCGGAAGAAGAAUAAAUGUCAAAUCAUUUCUAGACAUUAUUUCACUGUAUGGCAUUGUGGUAUAGUAAUGUUUAGGGUUGGGUUAUAUUUUCAGUAAGGAUUUAAUGAAGCCUGUUUAUUGUCUCUCUCUUAACUAUAGUUAGGCUGGAUAAACUAAGCUUGGUCCCAGAUCUGUUUGUGCUCUUGCCAACUCCAUUGCCAAGCCAAAAAUKACUUGGCAUGACAAGGAGUUGGCAUGAUGUUACAACAGACUGGCACUCAGGCUAGAAUAAAAAAAAUGAGUAUUUCUGUACAGUAAAACGUGUAGCAUGGCAGUGUGAUUCUUAAUUGACCAAUACCCACUAAGAGAGCUAGGUAGAAAAUAUUAUGGACAAAAUUGAAGAGUCAAAUAACCCUUUUGUGAAUAGUUUGCAGAAACAGCUCAACCUAAAUCAAGCAUAAGAAAAUUCUGACUUGUCAAUAUGCAUAUUUUAUUUUUGUGAAGUCCUUUUCAAAUUCUGCAAUGUGAAUUUAUGACUGAACAAUAGAGGCGUAAUAUAUUUACACCUAGUGUUUUUUAUAAAAUUGUGAUGCUUGUUUAAAUCUGUUGAAAAACGACCUGUCGGGGGCCCUGGUCAAAAGUAGUGCACUAUUUAGGGAAUAGGGUKUCAUUUGGGACGCAGAMCUCACAUGAGGACCUCUAACCCUUUUGCCUCAAUUUGGGUCACACUACUCAGAAGCAUUUGCAUUUUUUGUAGAUCACACAAUKUUUUGUUGUUGCCAUUUCUAUGAAGUAAGAUUAAAAAGAACUAGGCUCUUAUAACAAUGAAAUGGUAUUUCCAGAAAACAAGCGUAACUUGUACCUUUUUGUUGUUGCCUGAGGACAAACUGAAGUAAUUUUGAAGGUUGUUGACCAGUUUUCAACAAAAGCAUUGCUACAUGUACUCUGUAAUAUGGGUUAACUUUAAUGUGAUCUUCAUGAUGACAUCUGCUACCACAUUUUUGCUUUGCAAAAGACACACAAUCUGAUGUAUGUUUYUGCCAGAUACUUCUGUAGGUGUGGUGUUAAUGGCCUGCUAAACAACAGUCCAAGGCUUCUAAAUUUAAAAUGUACUUCAUGUCAUACAAUUAUUUCUUGAGACGCAAGAGAGCUCGUAAGCUAGUAUGUCUGUUUAGAAAAUAUAGGAUGGUCAUCUUAUUGAUGAUGGAGGAUUAUCAUCAUUUAGCUAAACGCUCACCUCUGACCUAAUCUGUUCCAUGAUAUGGUCAGAGACGCAGCAACUGGUUUAAGAAAUAAAAAAUKUAAAAAUGCA